GUACACUAGUCACCACUAAAAGUAAACUAAAAAAAAAUAAAAAAUCUACCCUAAUAAUAUCUCCAUCUUUCACCUUUCGCCACGUGUCCUCACUCAUCCUUCACCUUUACCGUCCGAUUCCUUGAACGCCUUUGUGUUCCUUCAAUUUUCAACUCUAUUAUCCUGUUACACACACACACACACACAUAACAGCCACUCCGAUCUGUAACAUCACCGCCGCCGCCGCCGAUGGCUUCUCCGGUGAGUCAACGAGCUGAACUCGCUAAGCUUUGCAGCUCACGCGACUGGUCUAAAGCUAUUCGUAUUCUCGAUUCGCUUCUCUCUCAAUCAUGUGUUAUUCAGGAUAUCUGUAAUCGAGCGUAUUGCUACAGUCAAUUGGAGCUGCAUAAACAUGUAAUUAAGGAUUGCGAUAAGGCGCUUAACCUUGAUCCUACACUUCUUCAAGCUUAUAUCCUCAAAGGCCGUGCAUAUUCUGGAAUGGGGAGGAGAGAUGAUGCUGUAAUGGUUUGGGAACAAGGUUAUGAGUAUGCAAUUCGUCAGUCCACAGAUUUGAAGCAACUGCUUGAGCUGGAAGAGCUUUUGAAAGCUACAAAAAAGACUAUGGCUGCUACCCUUGAUAAGGAUUCUAAAGAGUUAUCUGAAUGGUCCGUAUCUAAACCUGAACAUGCUAGUUCUGGCAAGUCAAGUGAAACUUUUAAUGAUCAUACUAUGUCAAGUCUUGGUUGUGAACCUUCUGGUGAUACGAGGGAGUUAUUGCAGAUGGAAAGCAACCCAAGUGAGAUAUCCCAUGUAUCGAACGGCUCUAGUAAUAGUGCUGAAGAUUCUAGACGUUUUCACAUGGGUUCAAACGGAAAUCAUGAGGAACAGCAAAAUGGAACUUUCGACAUAUCUGUCGACUUGGGUACCAGAUCUGAAGCUCGUAGUGGUACAAGUGAUAGCCGCCGCAAAUCUGAGCAGAUCACUAAAAUUUCAUUAAUUCCGAGUAAAUCAGGUGAUCUAUCUGCAAUACGUGGCAAUUGGAGUGAUAAAUCUGACAAUCACAGUGAAUCAAGUAAUGAUGCCAAGGGGAAUAAAAAGUUCUCGGUUACUAGGAUUUCGAAGGCCAGGUCAAUAAAUGUGGAUUUCCGUCUGUCACGAGGAAUCGCUCAGGUGAACGAAGGGCAGUAUGCACGUGCCAUAUCCAUCUUUGACCAGAUCUUGAGAGAAGAUCCUACAUAUCCUGAAGCAUUGAUAGGAAGGGGAACAGCAUAUGCGUUCAAAAGAGAACUUGAUUCAGCCAUUGCUGAUUUUACGAAGGCAAUACAAUCGAAUCCAUCAGCUGGUGAGGCGUGGAAACGGAGAGGGCAGGCACGGGCUGCUUUAGGAGAAUCAGUUGAGGCAAUUGCAGAUUUGACCAAGUCUUUAGAGUUUGAGCCUGACUCUGCAGACAUACUGCAUGAAAGGGGAAUUGUCAAUUUUAAGCUGAAGGAUUUCUAUGCCGCCGCUGAGGACCUGUCUGCAUGUGUAAAACUUGAUAAAGAUAACAAAUCAGCUUACACAUACUUGGGUCUGGCACUAGCAUCAGUUGGGGAAUACAGGAAAGCUGUGGAAGCGCAUAAGAAAGCAAUUGAAAUUGAUCAAAAGUUUCUUGAGGCAUGGGGUCAUUUAGCUCAGUUUUACCAAGACUUAGCAAAAUCAACGGAGGCCUUGGAUUGUCUUCAGCGGGUUUUGGAAAUUGAUUCAAGGUUUGCUAAAGGCUAUCAUUUGCGUGGGCUGCUACUUCACGCGAUGGGAGAUCACAGGAAUGCCAUUAAAGACUUAUCAGUUGGGCUUAGCAUCGAGAGCUCAAACAUAGAGUGUCUGUAUCUACGGGCUUCUUGCCACCAUGCUGUUGGAGAAUAUAAAGAAGCUGUGAAGGAUUAUGAUGCUGCUUUGGAUUUGGAGCUAGAUUCGAUGGACAAAUUUGUGCUGCAAUGUCUGGCCUUCUAUCAGAAAGAAAUUGCCUUGUAUACUUCUGCAAAGGUCAAUAGUGAAUUUUGCUGGUUUGAUAUAGAUGGUGACGUUGAUCCCCUGUUUAAGGAGUACUGGUGCAAAAGAUUGCAUCCCAAAAAUGUAUGCGAGAAAGUUUACAGACAGCCUCCUCUAAGAAAAGCGAAGUUGAGAAAACAGGAUUUUAAUUUGACUAAACCAAAGAAUGCACUUCUGCUUGCUGCUGAUCGUAUCGGUAAAAGCAUUCAGUAUCAUUGUCCAGGCUUCUUACCAAAUAAGCGUCAGCAUCGCAUGGCUGGGCUAGCUGCUAUUGAGAUUGCACAAAAGGUGUCUAAGGUCUGGCGUUCACUGCAAUCGGAAUGGAGGUUUUCUACAAGGAAUACAUCAAAAAGCGGAAAGCGACCCCGAAGAAAAGAGAAGAUAAUAAUUCCUAGUGUUGACAGAAGUGGAGCUGGAUGUAGCAGUAGCUCAGAAGCAUCAACUUCAAGUGCCUUGGAAGAGAAGUCACCCGGACAGUCUGUUUUCUCAUGGCUUCAUCUUUAUUCAGUGGCCGUCAAAUGGAGACAGAUAUCUGAACCCUGUGACCCUGUUGUGUGGGUCAACAAAUUAAGCGAGGAGUUCAAUUCUGGAUUUGGAUCUCAUACACCUCUUAUUCUUGGUCAAGCCAGAGUCACUCGCUACUUUCCACAUUUUCAAAGAACAUUAGAUGUUGCGAAGACGGUCAUCAAAGAAAAUGUAUAUGUAUGCAAUAAAGCAAAUGGCGUCAUUGAUCUAUCCAAAGAUGGAAAACUAGAAGAGAUAUUGAAAGCCCAGUCAUGCUCGGAUCUUUAUAAUGUUGUUGGCGAGGAUUUCUGGCUGUCUACUUGGUGCGAUAGUACAGCUUUUGAGGGGAAACGUUUGGAAGGAACAAGGAUUACUCUAGUUAAAUCUGGAGAACGCGGGUUUGACUUUUCAAUUCGAACACCAUGUACGCCUGCUAGAUGGGAUGAUUUUGAUGCAGAAAUGGCAUCCUCUUGGGAAGUAUUAUGCAAUGCUUAUUGUGGUGAGACAUAUGGUUCAAAUGAUUUUGGCACACUUGAAAAUGUCAGAGAAGCAAUCUUAAGGAUGACAUAUUACUGGUACAACUUCAUGCCCCUUUCAAGAGGGUCUGCUGUUGUGGGGUUCUCGGUCAUGCUUGGACUGCUUCUAGCUGCUAAUAUGGAGUUCACUGGGAGCAUACCCGAAGGGCGUCAAGUUGAUUGGGAUGCCAUUUUGAGUUUGGACCCGAAUUCUUUCAUGGAAUCGGUCAAGACUUGGUUGUAUCCAUCUCUCAAGGUCACUACAACAUGGAAAGACAUCCCGGAUGUAGCCUCAACUCUCGAGACAACUGGUUCAGUUGUCGCUGCUCUUAGCUCCUACUCGAACUAACAUACAUUCUUAAUAAAACCCAAGGUAACUGGAGGAGAGGUAUAAGCCCCAAUUUUUGUGGCAUAUUCAGCGUGAUCAAGUUGAGGCUGAAGUAGAGAAGUUGAGGCUUUAUUUGAUUAUAUUUGUUUGUAUCAAUGUAUUUCAUAGAUGUAGUUGCUAGUUUUUUUUUUCUUAGCUUACUUCACAAGUUGAAAUUGUUUCUUGAUUGUGUUUUGUGGCUAUAUACAAAUUAGUUUGUUAGGAUUCUAGAUGUGAAAUUGUAAUGGUACUUGUACUAUCAUUAUUAUUUAAAAAUAAAACAAAUAACUUUUUUAUA